AUGCUGAGUGUGCUGAGAGUGCACCUCCCGUCCGACAUUCCGAUCGUAGGCUGUGAGCUCACGCCGUAUGUGCUCUUACGCCGUCCCGACAAGUCUGUCAACACCGACGAUGUUCCCGAAUCCGCCCCACUAGAUGGCCACUUCUUAAGAUACAAGUGGUAUCGUAUACAAAGUGAUAAGAAAGUUGCAAUCUGUAGUGUACAUCCAUCUGAACAGGCAACAUUGCAGUGCCUAGGAUGUGUUAAGGCCAAAAUACCUAUUGCCAAAAGUUAUCAUUGCUCUCCCAAAUGUUUCUCAGAUGCCUGGCAACAUCAUCGUGUCCUGCAUGAGCGUGCGGCUAGUGCUGUUAAUGAAAAUGGAAAUGAGGAGGAAGAAAUAUUUGGGCGCUUCAAUGGGACAGGAUCUGGAGUAGUCAAUGCAAGCUUAUCUGUUUCCCAAUCAAACCCUAGCUUGGCAAAUGGCUCAACACCUUUAUAUCCUGCAGCAGUUACACAGAGGAAUGGUGGUGAAACAUGGUUUGAAGUUGGACGCUCUAAAACAUAUACUCCAACAGCUGAUGAUAUUGGCCAUGUUCUUAAAUUUGAAUGUGUUGUGGUGGAUGCAGAAACAAAACUACCUGUGGGACAUGUUAAUACUAUAUUGACAUCCCGUGUCAUACCAGCUCCAUCCCCUAGUCCUCGUCGUUUGAUUUCAGUCAGCGGAGUUGAUGUGACAGGGCAAUUGGAUUUUGAUGGCCGCAUCUCCUCUGCAGGAACUUUUACCGUGCUCUCAUACAACAUUUUAUCUGAUGCUUAUGCUAUAAGUGAAUUAUACAGUUACUGCCCCUCUUGGGCUCUUUCUUGGGCUUAUCGCAGGCAGAAUUUGUUACGAGAAAUUGUUGGAUACCGUGCAGACAUUGUUUGUCUUCAAGAGGUUCAAAAUGAUCAUUUUGAGGAAUUUUUUGCCCCUGAGCUUGACAAACAUGGCUAUCAAGCCUUAUUCAAAAGAAAAACGGCAGAGGUUUUUACUGGCAGUGUUCAUUGCAUUGAUGGUUGUGCCACGUUUUUCCGUAGGGAUAGAUUUUCACAUGUCAAAAAAUAUGAGGUUGAGUUUAAUAAAGCUGCACAAUCUUUGACUGAUGCUGUGGUUCCAAGUGCUCAGAAAAAAACUGCUCUAAAUCGAUUGGUCAAGGACAAUGUUGCACUGAUAGUGGUUCUAGAAGCUAAGUUUAGUAACCAGGGGAUUGACAAUCCUGGAAAGCGCCAGCUUGUUUGUGUGGCAAAUACACAUGUAAAUGUCCAGCAUGAUUUGAAGGAUGUCAAGCUUUGGCAGGUUCACACUCUUUUGAAAGGCUUGGAAAAGAUAGCUGCCAGUGCAGACAUCCCAAUGUUGGUGUGUGGGGAUUUUAACGCAGUUCCUGGAAGUGCUCCUCAUGCACUUCUUGCAUUGGGGAAAGUUGAUCCAAUGAAUACAGAUUUAGCAGUAGACCCUCUUGGAAUUCUGCGGCCCUCCAGCAAACUAGUGCAUCAGUUGCCAUUGGUAAGUGCAUACUCGUCCUUUGCCAGAAUUGGUGUGGGCCUGAGUCUAGAGCAACAGAGGAGGAGAAUGGACCCUGCUACAAAUGAACCUUUAUUCACAAAUUGCACCAGAGAUUUUAUUGGUACACAUGAUUACAUAUUCUACUCAGCGGACUCCUUGACUGUGGAAUCUUUGUUGGAGCUCUUGGAUGAAGAUAGCUUGAGAAAAGAUACCGCACUUCCUUCCCCAGAGUGGUCCUCGGAUCAUAUAGCACUCUUAGCUGAAUUUCGUUGCAAGCCUAGAACUAGACGUUGA